AUGUCGUGCAGCGCCACUGCCGUAGCUGCCACGGGUGCCACAGCAGUGGCGACAGGGCCCACUUCGGCAGGCGCGCUGCCACGACUGGCAGUGCAGCUGGAGGAGCCAUGGCAGCUGUUUUCGGAGCGGCUGCCACCAUUGUGGGGCCUGCCGUCUUGGUGGUUGUGCCAAUUGUUGCCAUCGCGGGCGUCGUUACAUGGCGUCGGCCCGCCUGCACAUGAUCCAGCGGUCAAGCUGCCAGCUGGCUUCGCAUUGUUGCACAUGCGCCUUUGCACCCUGAUGCUCAGGCAGAAAGAGGAGCCUGAGACCAUUUUGGCUGAGGCGAGCGACUGUCAGUCAGGCAGCCGGGUUGUGAGCAGACCCACCGCACCAGGCAGAAUGUAUGUUGACGAACAGAAUGGUCAACGUGGCUGGCCGUGGCGGCUUUGGAAGCGUCCGCUCUGCUACUCGCACAAGUUGCCAAUUGGCCCGAAGUUCGCCGGCAUGGCGUGGUCCUGGUCGCUGUCAGCGGCUGCGGGCGUAGCCGAGGCCACAUGUCUCGCCAAGCCCAAAGGCGGCACGCCCUUGUUGCGUUUUGCGCCCCUCCUGCUGUUGCUCUGGGGUGGUCAGCUCGUCUCACUACCCUGGCUGACCGCUCCGCUGCACGCGGAGGCGCUUCCACAAGCCUUGCGGCCUCGCGAGGACUCUCAGUCUCUGUUGGCGCACCAGGGUCCUAUCGCACCCAUCGGUGCGGCAGAUCCGGCAGCCUCCUGGGAAGGCAUCGGUGGCCACCUGCAACGCAAAGAUGUCAGAACGAUCUCUGUCGUGCUCCCAUGCGCCGAAGAGCGAGAUAACGCGAUCUGGACGGUUGAGCGCUUCUGCCGUCGCACUCCUGCGGAACACCUUCAGGAGGUGAUCGUGGUCGAUGAUGGGUCAAACCCACCGCUAGAGCAGCUCUUCCAGCAGAGCGAGGAUAAAUGGGCCCAGGACCCGCAAUGUAAGGGAAAAGUCCGAUUCCUGCGCCAUGAAACGACAACGGGGCUCAUGGCCGCCAAGCUCACCGGUGGCCGGGAGGCCCGGGGUGAUGUCAUCGCAUUCAUUGAUUGCCAUUGUGCGCCGCAGCCGAAUUGGCAUCAGGAGAUCCUGGCACAAGUGCGCCUGAACCCACGUCGGAUGGUCGUGCCUGCCAUCACGGACUUGGAUCUCGACACCUUCGACGAAAGAGCGGACUCACAGGUCAAUGCCAAGUGCUAUCUCACUUUAGAUGCUGAUUUCAAAUGGUUCGAUGACGAGUCAGACUUCAUCCCGACGAUCAGCGGAGGACUUGUCGCGAUGGGUCGCGAGUGGUUCAAUGCAACCGGCGGCUUCGACGAGGAGAUGCACGGCUGGGGCGGAGAGAACUUGGACCAGUCCCUUCGAGCUUGGCUUUGUGGUGGCGACAUCGUCCGGGCCAAGACCAGCCGCGUAGCUCACAUGUGGCGAACAGGUAAGGAUCGACGUACAGCCACGCACUACGUGAUCAAGGCGAAAGGCACCAACAACCGCGGUCGCGUGGUUGCGGCCUGGUUCGGCCCCUUCCGCGAAGUCUCGCGGAGUUCCGUGAAGGAGGACCAGGUGCAAAACUACAACGGCUUUAAGAAGAGGCUCCACUGCCUGCCCUUCAGCUACUUUCUGUACCGGUUCCGCAAGCUUUACAUCGAAGGCGGUGUCAUUGCGCGUGAGUAUUUCCGACUGCAGGAGGUUGCCUCGGGCCUUUGCCUGGGCCGGAGGACACUGGGAAACUGCACGCAGGGAGGAAAGCUCUUCUUGCAGCGCGGAAACGUUGACAGGGACACCGGCAGCUGCUGCUCAGGCAUCCGGCUGCAUGGUACGAACGACUGCUUCGACUACUUCGACCAGAGUGGCCCGCAUCCCUACUCCUGCGAUGUGAUGGGUCGCAACAUGAAUCAGCAGUACCGCCUCCUCGAGGACGGACGCCUGCAAAAAGGCGACGGCGAUUGCGUGGUGUCACGCAGUGGAGGAACGUUGGAGCUGAAGAAGUGUGAUGCCUUGUCUGGCAAUGAGGGCGCUUUUCGCAUUAUCGAGCGCCAAGAGCCCCGAGAAUACGAGCUCUACCGAGAGGAGCUGGCAAAGUACCAGUGGGACAAAGUCUUCCCCGACCUACCGGACAACUGA